AGACCGGAGACCAUGCAUAAGGCCAUGGAAGUUGCUAGGAGACGGGAGGAUCACUUGGCCGCAACUCGAAGGGGACGGGCGGACUUUCGAGUCCCGGAGCCGCGACGUGUGCCGGCGACCGUGGGCGCACCUAGUGCGAAUGCGAGGCCGACGGGCACCUUUAGGCCACCGGCAACCGAGGUGAAGAGGUUGACGGAGGAUGAGAUGGCGCGAAGACGAGAGAAGGGGCUGUGUUUUCGGUGCGAGGAAAAGUACACGCCGGGACAUCGAUGCAAGCAGAACUACUUGAUCGAGUUUGUGGACUUGGACGACGAGGAGCCGAUGAUCGAAGUAGAACGAGAGGCGGAGGUCGAGGUGCUCGAUGAUGAGGCCGAGAUCUCUUUUAUCUUUGAGGUUAUGGAAUGCCCCGAUCUGUAUCGCGUAGUUUGCGCUCAGCUUCAGCUCACUGGCGAUGCGAGGCUCUGGUGGAAUGCCUACUGGAGCAUGCGUCCCGGUGAAAAGGCGGGUUGUACAUGGGACAUGUUCAAGAAUCUGGUCCGCGACAAGUACUACCCUUCUUACUAUCGGGCAGAGAUGGAGCGCCAGUUCUUAGCGCUUCAGCAGGGCACUCGUACUGUCGAUGAGUACGAGCGUGAGUUCACCAGACUUGCAG